UUUUCAGAUCUCCAGGGAAUCCAUGAGACACAGAGAGACAGAGACAGACAGCAGAGACAGACAGACAGACAGGGACAGACACAGCAUGCCCUUCAUGCAACCUUAUAGGAAUCAGGAGAGUCUGAUCACGGCCUCAGUGUGUGAGAUCCUGGCUGCACCAAGGGGCAUGUAACCUGCUAGCCAACCAGCUAUCCAGCUAGCCACCCACAUAGCCAGCCAGCUAGCCACCCACCUAGCCAGGCAGCCAGCUAGCUGGCCUAAUACCAGCCUCAGUGUGUGAGACCCUGACUGCAGCUGGAGGCAUGUGACAUGCCCUGCUAGCCACUUAACCAUCCUCCUAGCCACUUAACCAUCCUGCUAGCCACUCAGCCAGCUUACCGUCAGCCUCAGUGUGUGGGAUCCUGGCUGUACCAAGGGACAUGUAACCUGCUAGCCACCCAUCCUCCUAGCUAGCCUUGCUUUUAUCAGCCUCAGUGUGUGGGAUCCUGGCUGUACCAAGGGACAUGUAACGUGCCCAGCUAGCCAACCAGCUAGCCAUCCUGGAUAUCCAGCCAUGAAAGACGGGGGGGAAUCCAAAGAUCAGCAGCUCACGGUCGCUCUCCGUGUCCGGCCUAUCAAUGAGACCGAACUGGUGGAAGGGGCAACUAUCAUUGCCCACAAAGUGGAUGAGCAGAUGGUGGUUCUUAUGGACCCGAUGGAGGACCCCGAUGACAUCCUGAGAGCCAAUCGUUCCCGAGAGAAGUCCUAUGUGUUCGAUGUGGCGUUUGAUUACACUGCGACGCAGGAAACUGUGUAUCGGCUCACCACCAAAGGCCUAAUCGAAGGCGUCAUCUCCGGAUACAAUGCCACCGUAUUCGCCUACGGUCCUACAGGGUGCGGGAAGACGUACACCAUGCUGGGAACAGACCGAGAGCCUGGAAUAUACAUACGGACCCUUAAUGACCUCUUCAAAGCCAUUGAAGAGACAAGUGACGACAUGGAGUAUGAGGUUUCUAUGUGUUAUAUGGAGAUCUACAACGAAAUGAUCCGAGAUCUGCUAAAUCCAUCGCUGGGAUUCCUGGACCUUCGGGAAGAUUCCAAGGGAAUAAUACAAGUAGCCGGCAUCACUGAGGUGUCAACAAUCAAUGCAAAAGAGAUCAUGCAGCUGCUAAUGAAAGGGAACAAGCAAAGGACGCAGGAACCCACAGCAGCCAAUAAAACCUCCUCACGGUCGCACGCCAUCUUACAGGUCACCGUUAGACAGAAGAGCCGUGUGAAGAACAUUACGCAGGAAGUCCGUGUUGGACGGCUCUUUAUGAUAGACUUGGCUGGAUCCGAAAGGGCCUCUCAGACCCAGAAUCGGGGUCAGCGGAUGAAGGAAGGAGCCCACAUUAACCGCUCUCUGCUGGCCCUCGGUAACUGCAUCAACGCUCUGAGUGAACGAGGGGGUAACAAAUAUGUCAACUACCGAGACAGCAAACUGACCAGACUGUUAAAGGACUCAUUGGGCGGUAAUAGUCGCACAGUAAUGAUUGCUCACAUCAGUCCAGCCAGCAGUGCCUUCGAGGAGUCUCGGAACACACUCUCCUACGCCGAUCGUGCCAAAAACAUCAAGACACGGGUCAAGAGGAACCUUCUUAACGUCUCUUACCACAUCGCCCAGUACACGAGCAUCAUAGCCGACCUGCGGAAUGAGAUCCACAGGCUCAAGGAGAAGAUUGACGAGCAAGGCUUAAUGCAGAUGAGGACCGAGAAGAGUGACAUUCGCAACAUCCAAGCUGAGGUCCAGCUCCACACCUUACCUUAUGACCGAUAUGAGAUGGAUCAGCUGAGGGAGCAACUUAUUAGAGCAUUCCGAGAGCAAAUGGACAUCCGGAGACAACUAAUGGAGCUAGAGAGUAAUCACAUGGAAAUUCAGAUGGAAACAUCACGUCACUUCCUCAUCAUUGCCGAUUGGGAACAGGAGAAAAAUCGUCGUAUCCGCAAGUGGAGAGAUGAACUCAGGAGAGAAAGCUAUGGAAAGGAGGACAGUGAGAAAGACUCGGACACCGGCGAUGAUCAGUCAGACAUCGUGGAACCUCCAGAGGUGGCAUUGGCUCGAGAGAACAUCUAUGCACUGGUGGGAGAUCAGAGCAGACUGCGCCGGCAAAAGAUGGAAUUAGAGAAGAGGUGCAAAGAUGUCCGGCAUCAAGCUCGUAGACUUGAGGAAAUUCUGCCCAAGCGAAUCAGUUCAGAGGAGCAGAAAGAGGUGCUGAGCCUCUUGUGCAAAGUCCACGAGCUGGAACUCGAAAACACAGAGCUACAGUCUCGAGCCAUGCUGAAGGACAACCUGAUACGGCACAAGAACUACAUUGUGCACCGGUUUGAACAGCACCGAUCUCUGUGUGACGAGAUCAUUCAGCAACAAAGACAAAUCAUUAAUGAUCAUAACAUCUCUGUUCCUCAUCGCCUGGACGAUCUAUAUGAGCGUUACCUUCGAGAGCAAGAAGACGGCCACUUGGACCGUUUCACCAUUAUUGAUAAAGUUGCAGUAAUGGCAAUAAAGGAUGGCCGGAACUCCCUGCCAAAGAUUUCACAGGCUACUCCAGAAGAAAAUUCACAGGAUUCAGACCAAGAAAGUGUAAGGACAUUUGGAUCAGACAACCGGAAUCUUAGUCACAUGGAUUUGUACAGGAAAAAUUUUCCAAGACUUUUAUCUGAGGCAGAGAGUGAUACAAACAAAGUGUUUAAGACCAGCCCACGCGCCCGUCACUUUAAGACUUCUUUGGUAGUGACUCCACCUCCAAUCCACCUGAAUGGAACGGUCAACAAGGAGUACCCGAGUCAUAAUAAUCUGGCGAGUGUGAGCAGUCUCAUGAAUUCGUCUCCUGACAGUAAAGAGAAAAAAGAGAUCCUGAGCAGCAUUAAGAGCAUUGCGGUGAAGGCGGCCCGACGCAGAUCUCGGGUUAUAGAAGGUGACCGACGGCAGCUGCUACGUCCGAUGAAAGAGAGAAGUAACCUGUCUGUUCACUCACUGAGUGAGAGUGAGGACAUGCCGUACAGAGUCCCAGGAUUGCCGAGCUCUCCCUUCCCCCACGCGGUUAGCGAUGACAAUCUGUCCAGCAGCACUGGAGAAAUGGCGACCGCGCCGACAAUGGGCAAAAACCGCAACAUUUCCCCCAACCUCUGGCAGCGGGAACAAAAAAAAGGGAAACAAAAACUGAAGAGAGAAGAGUCUAUAGAGGUGAAACGCAGAAAGAAAAGGUCAAGGUCAUUUGAGGUCACCGGUCAAGGGCUUGUCCGUCCAAAGAAUCAUUCCAAACUGACUCUGGAGAGUAGUUCUGACCACAAACUUCUGACUGUUGUCCCCCAAACCCUCAGCAACCGUCUACCAGGGAAAGUGAUACUUCCAAUAGCCCAGGUCAAGCUUCCGCAGAACCAGACCGGCACCAUGAUUAAUAUGGCUGACCAGCAGGGAGCCGGACAUCCCACCAGCCAGACCGGAAACACCAAAAAGCCGAUGCCCACCAACCAGCGGCCACGUUUUAGCUAUGUAAAUACAAACUCUUCCAGUGUUUACGGGAAAGAAAGCAAGGCUCGGAAACACUAAGUUCAAGUGUAAAACUGUUGCUAAUGCAAGAGUUUCGGGAUUUUCAUUUAUAUGUCGUGGAAUGGAUGGAAUCGUGGGCACAAGAAAUGCUAAAAAAAAAAAAUCACUAUUUUUAAAUCCGUAUGAAUAAAAUGUACAUGAAUUUUGAUUCCUAACUGGUAUUCUCCUAUUUCUACAAACUAUGAUGUGGGAAUAGAAUGGCUGUCCUCCUUUUUUUCGGAUGCAGAGUUUACAAGAGACCCUUUCUUCCAUUGUUGGCCUCCGUGUCUCCAGGGAUUUCAUUCAAAGUAUAAUUAUUCACACUACCUGCAAUGUAUUUUUUACAUUUAUCAACAAGUAUUUUCUUUUUAAUAAUGAAAUAAAGGUGUUAUGUACCUUAAUUA